ACACGAUAUGACGUCACGGAUAAAGCCGAAAACUUUUUGCAACAAAUUUUUUGAUUGGUUAGAUAUUUCAAUAUGGCUGUAUGUGUUGCAGUCAUCUCCAAAGAGAAUUUCCCACUCUUCAUCAAGACCAUACCAACAGAGAAUGAACUGAAGUUCUUCUACACAGUGCAUACAUCACUGGAUGUGGUUGAGGAAAAGAUUUCCAAUGUGGGGAAAAACGUGAAUGAUAUGAGAGAAUUGUACCUGGGCUUACUCUACCCUACUGAGGACUAUAAAGUUUAUGGUUAUGUGACGAAUACCAAAGUCAAGUUUGUGAUUGUUGUUGAGUCUUCCAACACAAACCUCAGAGAUAAUGAAAUUAGAGGGAUGUUCAGGCGACUUCACAAUGCCUACGUGGACAUGAUGUGCAAUCCAUUUUAUACUCCAGGGGAAAAUAUUUCAUCAAAACCAUUUGAGCGGAUAGUCGACUCCAUGCUUGUUCAGGAUUAACAUUUCUCUAAAAAUUCAGACCAUCCAGGAUAAAACUGUAAAAUUUCAUAACAAAGAGUGUACAAAAUUAUCAUCACCAUUAUGUUUAUUCAUUUGCUCUGUUGCUGCAAAAAAAGUUUCAAAGGAACCAAGAUGAAAUUAACUAUAAAAAUUUCAGAACAAAGUGUGCAGCAAAUGAUCAUAAUCAUAAUGCUUAUUCAUUCCUAGUCGGUCAGAUUGUCCUGAGGGCAGUUGAAUCCCAGACUUGUGGAUUGUAUGAGGGGAAUAUUACGUACCGGGGUCUAAAAAUGAAUAAAUUGAUCAUUUUUACCAUGGGAAGAAAUCUAUACUUGCACCAGGGAUGGCAAUGCCCACUUUUCCCUUCAACCAUCUUAAUGAUCACAAUGCACAUAAAUGACUAGAAAUUACCAUCAAAUCAAUCUUUUAGGCUCCAGGAAGAAACAUUGCCAUUUAAGAUGACAGAAGAAAGCCAUUUUCAACAUUAUCAUUGUACAUUGUUCUUUGUUAUUAU